UUUGUUCUUUAUGGCUAUUCAAUUCCCUCAACAUUUAAAACCACUUGAACCACAAGCAUCUGUCUUGUUGGAACAAGAACGCAACAAGGCUUCAUUUGAUUCAAAAGCAUUAAUGCAGCGCAUAUAUGGUCAAGAAUACCUCGAAAAAAGAGAUCGCAUCUUGAAUAUCCUGCAAUUCGAUCCUGUUCUCGGUGACAAAUCACACCGUUACUAUGAAGGAAGAGAAUCUCGGUUUAAAAAGUCACUGGCUGCUGCAAAAAGACUCGCUGAAUUACAAAGAAUACAUCAUUGGACAGAUGAAGAAUUUGGUAUGGCUGAGUAUUUGUUUGAUGAACCUAGUCCUUUUCGCUUGCAUCGUAGUAUGUUUAUGCCAACACUUUUGAAUCAAGGUACAGAAGAACAAAAAAAGUUAUAUCUCGAACCCGCUCAACGAUACGAAAUCAUUGGUUGCUAUGCUCAAACCGAGUUGGGUCAUGGCUCGAAUGUGCGUGGACUAGAGACAACAGCUACUUAUCAUUCUGAAACAGAGACAUUUGAACUCAACUCACCCACUCUGACUGCCUCUAAAUGGUGGAUUGGUGGUCUUGGUGCAGCAGCCAAUCAUGCUAUCGUCAUGGCUCGCCUUAUCAGCAAUCGAAAAGAUUACGGGCCUCAUCCUUUUAUUGUUCAGAUCAGAAAUCUACAAGAUCAUACACCUCUCGAAGGCAUUACUGUGGGUGAUAUUGGUCCUAAAUUUGGAUUCAAUACAGUCGAUAAUGGAUUUAUCUUGUUUGAUCAUGUACAUGUACCACAUAUAGCCAUGUUGGCUCGGUAUUCAAGCAUUGAUAAAAAGACAGGAGAGUAUAGAACACCACCGAAUUCUAAACUCGCUUAUGGAACCAUGGUCUUUGUUCGUGCUAAUAUCGUACUUGAGUCAUGCCAAGUAUUGGCUAGAGCAGCUACUGUGGCCACACGCUAUUCUGCUAUUCGUAUUCAGGGAUCCGAUGCAAAUCAGCCUAAGAAAAUAAAGGCUUUCGAUGGCACAAUCAAAACUGUAGAGACACCUGUCUUGGACUAUACUAUGCAACAAUACCGUCUGUUUCCUAUUAUUGCUCAAGCUUAUGCUUGUCAUUUUACAGGUCAAGAAAUGCAUCGUAUGUAUCAUGAAAACCAAGAAAAGAUGGCUCAAGGUGAUUUUUCUUAUUUGGCUGAUUUACAUGCUUCUUCUUCGGGUCUCAAGAGCUUAACAACAACAUUGGCUGUUGCUGCUAUUGAGGAUUGUAGACGUGCAUGUGGUGGACAUGGUUAUUCUCUGUUUUCUGGUCUUGGUCAGUUCUAUCAAGACUAUCUUCCAAAAGCGACAUGGGAAGGGGAUAACUAUCUAUUGACUCAACAAACAGCACGCUACUUGUUAAAGACAAUGCGAUCUAUUCAUGCAGGCAAGACAGAUGCAACCAAUUUCUCAUCUGAAUACAUAGCUGAGUAUGUAGCUCAUCCUGAAGCCAAGUGUGGGUUUACUACUGUCUCUGAUCUUCAUCAUCCUGAACUCUUGCUGUCUGCAUUCAAAUUCCGUGCUGCUUCGUUGAUUGACAAGACUGUACAUGCUAUGGAUCAGGAACAAACAAGCUGGAAUGAUAUGCUGGUCGACAUGUACCGUAUCUCUCGUGCUCACUGCCAGCUGUUUAUGGCUCAUAAUUUUAUCAAAGCAGUCUUUGAUGAUCCCAACCCGGUACUCAAAGACGUGGCUGUUUUGUAUUGUCUUUCAACAUUAGAACAAGAAGCAGCCGAUUUCUUAAUGUGUGGCUAUCUUUCGCCUGAACAGGCCCUGAUGAUCAAACAAUACAUGGUAGUCAUGCUGAAAAAGAUUCGCCCGAAUGCUGUCGCCUUGGUGGAUGCCUUUGGAUUUCCUGACUAUUUAUUGAACUCUGCUUUAGGUGAAAGUGAGGGUCAUGUCUAUGAAAGACUGACUCAAAUGGCUGAAAAAGAGCCCCUUAAUGCGCAUCGUGUUGCUGAAGGAUACCACCAAUUUAUUCGCCCUUUGAUUUAUGCUGGCAAACAGAACUGGAAAAUAGACCCAAAGGGCAUUGCUCGACUCUAAAUGUAGCACAAACAUACGGAUUUGCAUUUUUAUCAUAAUAAAAUAACGUUUGACACGUUGUUGUUAUUUA